AUGCGGAGGCAGAGGGACACGAGUACGUCACUCUCCGGCUUGGAGCGUGGUCGCCGCGAGGGAAAGAGACACGGCGAUCGGAUUGAAAUUUCAGACAUUUCCGCGGCGCGUAGCCGUGUCAACUCCAUGCCUGGUAUACGGCCGUUCUUGCACAUCGCCUCCACCGAAAUGCGCCCCCUAAAGAGAAAAGCCAAUGCACUGCGUAGCAAGCAGGCCAAGGGGAAAGACGGGGACCUCGUCCAGUGUGAGAGGUGUGAAGGAUGGUGUUUGGGCGAAAUGGUAUUCAAAACCGUGGCGGCGGCGGAAGGGAACGGCUUCGUGUGCAGGCUGUGUAAAGUGAUGGAGAAUUUGGAGAAGCAGCUAAAGAGUGAAAUGGAGAAGACAAAGGAGGAACUCGAGAAAGAAAAAACGAAACGCGCAGAGUUUGAAGAAAGGGUCGAGAGGGAGUGA